GGACAGUGAAUGAUGUAUGUGCAUUUCAUAACCAUUUGCGUCGUUUUUUCUUCUAUGCUACAGGUGAUAGCAGAGACAAAAAAUAACUAUACUAUGUUUCGAAGCCGAGUAUUGGCAAUUCAAAGAAAUGCCCGGAUCAAAACAAAAUUCAACCGCCCAAGCUUGGGUAGGUAUCAGAAAGGAAAAAACACAACGCCGGCAAAUGCUGGCCAAUUAAAUGACCAAGAAAUACCCACAGAGGAUUUGGUAUUAGGAGGGAAUGAGGCGAUACCUAUGCAAAUUCCAUGGCAAGUUUUGAUUUACGUUGACUUUAUGUGGAUGUGUGGUGGAACUCUGAUUUCUGAAAAAUGGGUCUUGACAGCCGGCCACUGCUGUUACGGCGCUAGUAAUUUUAUCGUUGAUGCUGGAGGAAUAAACCGAUUAAAUUUGAACGAGACUGGGGAGAACGUACAGACUCCAAGCAGGGCUAUUGUUCAUCCAAAUUACAAUCACGACACUUUGCAGAAUGACAUAGCACUGAUUUUUUGUGAUGUGGAUUUUGUUUUCACAAAGUACAGAAACGCAGUUCUGUUGCCUAAGUUGAAAGAAGUACUUCAGGUCGGUGACAACGUUAUGGUUUCAGGAUAUGGCUUAACAUCAAUAAACGGCUCUGUGAGCCCCUACUUGAUGUACGUCACGCUGAAAGUGAUAAAGAACUCGGACUGUGCCAAAGUUUUCGGCGCUUCGAAUAUUUUUCCUAGCAUGUUUUGCACGGCCGCGCACAACACCAAAGCAAUCUGUGGCGGAGACAGUGGAGAAGCAGCGGUGAAAAUGGGCACCGACAAACUGUACAGAGUUUAUGGUGUCGUUUCUUUCGGAGCUGUGACCUGCGCCAAUUACCCAAAUGGCUACACCAGAGUUCGUUCCUACCUUAGAUUCAUUUCGAACUCUACAAAUAUCAAAGUCACCUAAUAAUAAAAGUUUUAAAAAUAAAUUUAUUUACAAUUGAAAUAAAUUGAAACAAAAAUACGACUAUGUUCGGCGAAAAUUCGUGAAAGAAGCAGAUGGGAAAUUCACAUUACUGGGGAUUGUGUCCUUUGGUUCUUUAUGGUGCAUCAAAUAUCCCAGUGGAUUGACCAGAGUCCCUUCGUACCUCGGGAACAUCUCGAGUGCAACAAACAUUCAAAUAAGACCUUAAAAAAUAAAAGGUCACAGUCGGAAGAUCAACGAUUUGUUUUACCCAUUUACUUUUGAUUGCUUUUCUUG